AUGGGCUGGUUCAGCAAGGGACAGACAGGGGCUGGCGCAACCAUGCCCAGCCAAGAGGGCUCCGAAUAUGAGGUUGCCCACAGUAGCACGCCGACUUAUGCAGCAUCAGAAGGGGGCCCGCAAAAAUGGGCAGAUCACAGAGACUACAAGUAUGCUCACGGACCGCCGUCUCUCAGUUCCGUUGCAGCAGAGAGCACUGCCAGUCUCCCAAACCAAAACAACAAUCCUUAUUCUUCUUCAGGCCUGGAUGCCAAUUCUGCCGCCGGACGGCUUAGACAGGGUGAUCAGUCGGAAUUUAGCAGGUCUACCGAUCAAAUCAGUGUACAAUCGAAAGCGUCCUUCUCCAGCCAUCGAUCCGCAAGUACGAAGCCAAAGGAACCGAGAAACUACAAGCAAUAUCAUAUCCCGAUUCGAGCCGAAGUACCGUCACCAGCAUCGAAUCCCAGAAACACACCAACUUCGCAUCUAAUGGCACCAUCAUUAGUAGGCGGAGACGAGACACCCACCGGGAUAGGGAUGGCGCUUGGAAGCCCAAGUCAUGCUCCUGGACCUGCUGACUUGCGAUGGCAGACUGGGACGUUGACGACUGUAACCUCAGGAGGGCAUGCACAAGAGCCAGCUUCUAAUCCCAAUGGCGUGUCAAGAUCAAUGUCAAAAAGGUGGAAUCCUUUUAGCAGGACAAAGUCAAAAAGAACCAAGCCAGUAGACACUUUACCUUCGCAAUCGUUGGGCUCAGAGUCUGGAAAAAGCGUAGUGGAUCUUGCGAAUGGAGCAAAGAACGCUGAUGACUUUGGAAGUGGAAAGAAGAGGAGCGAGAAAGAGAGUGAUAUUAGAGGCACAGGGCCCGUAUUGCGCAAGGACAGCUCGAGCAGCGUAUCGAAAUCUCCGCCCAAAGACAUUUCUGGAUUGCCAAAUCAACGAAAUUAUGCGGCACCGACGCGCUAUGCCCCAGUUCCGCCACAGCCUCAAUUACAGCCUUCAAAGCUACUAGAGGUUGAUAUCCCAACAACUCAGAUGGAACGAUUCAGCGUCAUGUUUGGAACCAUUCUUAAGAAGCAGCCAUCUGAAUAUCAAUAUUUCUUACAACAAGCCCAACAGUCGUGGCAGCCCCAACCAUCAGCGGCACCAGAGCAGGAUGAGAAGCCACAAGAGUCGCGGAAGCCUGAAGAAACACAGCAGUCUCAGCCUAAACAAACCCCAGAGCAGUCAAGGAGGCCAUCAAAGGAAUCGGUCAAGACUCAAGACUCACAACAAGUAUUAUCCCCGCUACGACCACAGUUGUCAGUCCGGCGACAGGUCAAACUGGACAAGCUGAAAGUACCCGCGGCCAAAACUUUCCAAGAUACUUCUAUUCCUAUCGAGAUCAUAGUGCCACAACGACGAUCAACUUCACCUUUGCCGAAAAGCUCACCUUCAUUCUCCCUCUUCCCCCAGGAUCAAGCGCCCGCAAAUACUCUUCCCCUAAGAGUCUCUUCACGCGCGCGAUCAAACACCUCCCCUGCAAUGGUCAACUUUCCGACUCCAGCCAUGUACAAAGCAACAAAAGGAUUAAGGAAGAGGACUACUUCCGUUUCUAAUCCUUCUCAAGACGAGCCUCUACCGACAGAUAGUCAAAUGACACCGGAGCGACGCGAGAAGCUUAUUUCCAAGUUCCACCGCAAAGAGUCGACAUCAUCAGAGGCCUCAGUACCAAGAGUCGCCGGACAGCUAUCUGAAUCUCCCGCAUCCAUAACUGCACCGGUUGCCAUACCGGCACCAGUACAGCCUCGAUCAAUUCUAAAGAAGCCCUCUGGACCGCCACCACAACCACUGAAUCGUGCAGCAGAGCCCAAACCGCCAUCAUCCCAAAGGGCAUCACCAGCUCAAAGAAUCUCACCGUCCCAAAAAGUUUCACCAACCCAGAAGCCUUCGCCAUCCCAAAGAGUGGCGCCUCCGAAACAUCAACACCAAAAGUCCACAACGUCGAUUCGUACCAACGCAGACGAAGAAGAGGUCGAAAGAGCCUUAUACGAGGCUGUGGAAAUAUCUAUUGCGCGUCAAAUUAGCGUCUCAAGGCAGCAGCGUAAUAUUGUGGUGCCUUUGAUGCGUUCCGCCUCAAAAAGGGUACCUGGGGAGGCUGCGGCGGAAGUGGCCGCCUUGAUCAAGCCAGAAAAGAACAAGCGAAUGGUCGAGACGAGGACAGCAACGCCGCAGUUGGUGCAUCCAGAAGAAGAGGGCAAUAUUGGGCAGAGUGGCUAUCGGAAGAGCUCGCGCGUGGUGCUCGAGGGUGCAUGA